CAGAGUGACCAUUACGGCACAGACAUGGCUCCACAUGCAGUACUGCUGGUGCUAUAACCUUGAUUCAUCAGCUUCUCGGUUGAGGAAAGCCUAAAAAGAACAACAUGCAGGCUGCUAUGGAUAUCACAGCAAAGUAUUGCAAUAAAGAAAUGGAGGCAUAUGGGUCAUGUGUGGCCUCCAACCCAUCUACAUGGCAGUCAAAGUGUCAUGAACUGAAGAUAAACGUUGCACAGUGCACAUCAUCCCACCCAGUGAUUCAGAAGAUCAGACAAGAGUGUUCGGGGGUGUUUGUCGAGUUUGAGCGCUGCCUGAGAGAAAACCCGGACACACCUGCCUCCUGCUCGCCUCAUGUAGCUCGCUUUCUGGCCUGUGCAGAGUCAGUAGACAUCAGUGGAGUGGAUCCGGUACCUCAGCCAUCGUAGCAUCAAGACAUCUCCCAUCUCUGUCAGAUUCAGAUUGGUUGGUUUUACAUUUCCCAGCCAUGUUACUGUACUGUAUUUACAGUGAAAGUAAGGAUAUCUGUUUACCUCUGUGUGACUUAAUAUGACUAUUUGUCUUUCUUCAGGAAAGAUAUGAGAGAAAUGCAACAGUACUUUGACAAAGAAAAUGUGUUGAAUAUUUAAUUACCAGAUCGUCCUUUUUCUCAUACUCAUGUAAAUGUUGUGUUCAUAUGAAAUCAACAUUUAUUCCUGCCUACAUGCGGGAUAUAUGAUUUUUAUUUAAUCAUCUCAUUAAAAUUAACUUGUGUUUCUUA